AUGGCUUUCAGACGUCCAUUGACGCUGUCCGCAGCGUCAGCGUCGCUGCUGUCAUCAACGGCAGCUGCUGCUCGGUCUCGUACCGCUGCGUCGUUGCCUCGUUUCAACUCCGUCCGUGCCUCGUCCAGCUCGACCUCCGCUCUGGCCUACAAGGCAUUGCAUCGUCGGUCUCCCCUGCCUCUGCCGGUCGCCGAUGCCUCUCCUCAGUGGGAUGCUCCCACUGCCGUCUCCUCUAUUUUGUAUGAGACUCCUGUGCCUCCAACCAACCCUCCGAAGCGGCACAUUCUGAACUGCCUGGUUCAAAACGAACCCGGUGUGCUAUCCCGUGUGUCUGGAAUUCUGGCUGCGCGUGGCUUCAACAUUGACAGCCUGGUUGUUUGCAACACUGAGGUCGAGGAUCUCUCUCGUAUGACCAUUGUACUGCAGGGCCAGGACGGUGUCGUCGAGCAGGCUCGCCGCCAGCUGGAUGACCUCGUCCCCGUCUGGGCUGUUCUCGACUACACCGACUCCGCUCUGGUUCAGCGCGAGCUCCUCCUUGCGAAGGUCUCUAUUCUUGGCCCGGAGUUCUUCGAGGAGCUGCUCCAGCACCACCGCGAGAUCAUUACUCCCGCCGAGUCUAUGAAGGACGGUCAGGCCGGUGCCCACGACAUCGAGCAGAUCGAGUACCACCCCCGCAACCUGCCUCCUAGCCAGGCACUGCGUCACAAGCACGAGCAUCUCGAUGCCAUUACCCGACUGACUCACCAAUUCGGUGGUAAGGUCUUGGAUAUCAGUACCAAUAACUGUAUUGUUGAGGUCUCCGCCAAGCCCAGCCGUAUCGACUCUUUUCUCAAGCUGAUUGGACCUUUCGGCAUCCUUGAGUCUACCCGAACUGGUCUGAUGGCCCUGCCUCGCUCUCCGCUUUCUGAGCAGACUGAGGAGAUUGAAAAGGACGCCGCCGACGUCGUUGAUGCCAGCACCCUGCCCCCCGGCUAA